GAAAGGAGAAAUCACAACCAACCAUGCAACUUUGAAUCCGAGUCAAAGGAGCACAAAUUUCGCGCUCCAUCCGUACACAAACUACAUCCUGGUUGGAUGUUGAAUCAGUGUUUCUUUCCAACGUUUUCAGCGACAUAACAUUAUGCACACUCCAUAUAUGGUGUGUUCUCGUUGUCCCAAUUUCACAUUAGUCUCAACUCAACCUUAGCAUGUUUUCUUUGGGUAGAAAAAUUCAACUUUCUCUGCGGCAUAACGUAAGGCCGUUCUGCAGCCAAUCACAAGGUUCCACCUCAUCAUCAUCAUCUUCUUCUUCCUUCAGUUCCUUUGUUGGGCCCACACAUGGUGACGAGAGGAUCGGAGACUUCGAAGCCUUUCUUAGAGCAAUCACUUCUGGGGUUGUGGUUGUUGCCUCCACGUUAGGCUUUUGGUAUUGCUCCUCUUUGUCUUCUUCUGGUACCAAUUCUCUUGAGUCAUUUUCUGAUUUUGCCAAUCAGGAUCAGCUCCAACAAAAGCGUCAGACCAAACCCCCCAGGUUUCUCUUUAACGAUGACUAUAGAAGAAGAAUAUUCUUUAAUUAUGAAAAACGCAUUCGCUUGCAGAGCCCUCCUGAAAAGGUUUUCGAGUACUUUGCAUCUGUUAAAUCCCCUAGUGGUGAGAUUUUUAUGACACCUGCAGAUUUGAUGCGUGCCAUUGUUCCUGUCUUUCCUCCCUCCGAAUCAACCCGUGUUAGAGAGGGUUUUCUAAGAGGGGAGCAGGUUCCCGGGGAGUUGCAGUGUGAACCUUCACAGUUUUUUAUGCUCUUUGACACUAAUAAUGACGGACUCAUUUCCUUUGCAGAGUAUAUAUUUUUUGUUACUCUCCUCAGCAUACCAGAGUCCAGCUUUUCAGUGGCUUUUAAAAUGUUUGACCUUGAUAACAACGGUGAAAUAGACAGGCAAGAAUUCAAGAAAGUGAUGGCCUUGAUGCGAUCACAAAACAGACAAGGGGCCAAUCACAGAGAUGGACGACGUCUUCGCGUCAAUACUUCUGUAGAAAAUGGGGGUCUCUUGGAGUAUUUUUUUGGCAAACAUGGAAAUUCAUGCUUGCAACAUGAAAGAUUUGUUCAAUUCUUAAGACAGCUGCAUGAUGAGAUCUUAAGGUUGGAGUUUUCCCAUUAUGACUACAAUAAAAGAGGAAGCAUUACAGCCAAAGAUUUUGCCCUGUCCUUGGUUGCAUCUGCAGACGUCAAUCACAUAAGCAAACUGUUGGAUAGGGUGGAAGAACUGAACAGGGACCAGCAACUCAGAGAAUUAAGGCUUACAUUCAAGGAGUUCCAAGAUUUUGCAGAAUUGCGCAAGAAGUUGCAAUCCUUUUCUCUGGCCAUAUUCAGUUAUGGAAAAGUUAAUGGGGCGUUGACAAAAACUGAUUUUCAGAGAGCAGCAUCUCAAGUUUGUGGUGUUUGUAUUACAGAUAAAGUGGUUGACAUAAUUUUUCAUGUGUUUGAUGCUAACCGUGACGGAACCCUAAGUGUAAGCGAGUUUGUGAGAGUUUUACAAAGAAGGGAGGAUAUUAAAUCAGGCUCUGGCUUCAUGGGUUUGGUAUCUUGCUGGUCGAACUGUGUAAAGAAUUGUUCAUCUAAAAAGCUUCAAUUAUGAUGGAACACAUUCAACCGUGCACAUCACCAUUUUAGGGAAUCUGGCAGAAGAUUCAUUCCCAUAGAAAUGGAUAUAUGCCAACGCUGUCACACCAUCACCGACUGCAAUCUACACACAAAAUGUACAGUCUAAGACCUUUUGGAUUUGGUGCCCAAAGUCCUCUUCUAUUUGUACAUACUAUCUCCAGCUAUCCCUUAAAUUUAACUGUUGUCUUUCACUGUCAAUGCUAGUAAUACGAGUAAACAUUAAAUGAGUAGAUGA